AUGGCUCCCAAGAAGACCGAGUCUGGCGCUCCUGCCGAGAAGAAGUCGCACACCUACCAGGACAUGAUCCACGACGCUAUCGUUAACCUCAAGGACCGCAACGGUUCGUCGCGUCAGUCGCUCAAGAAGUAUGUCCGCGCCCAGAAUGACAUCAAGGUCGGCGAUGCCAUGUUCGACUCUUGCUUCAACAAGGCCCUGAAGGCCGGUGUUGCCAAGGGUGUCUUCGAGCAGCCCAAGGGCCCCUCCGGUGGCACCAAGCUCGCCAAGAAGACUCCCAAGGCUGCCGCCCCUAAGAAGGCUGCCGAGAAGAAGGAGCCCACUGAGAAGAAGGCCGCUGCUGAGAAGAAGACAACGGAGAAGAAGGCCCCCGCCAAGAAGGCUGCCGCCACCAAGAAGGCCGCUCCCGCUGAGAAGAAGACCGCCGCGAAGAAGGCUGCGCCGGGGAAGAAGGCUGCUGCCCCCGCGAAGAAGGCCGCGACCACCAAGAAGGCUGCCCCUGCUGCCGCCGACAAGCCCGCUGCCCUGAGCAAGACCAAGACUGGCCGCGUCGCCAAGACGGCGGCGCCCAAGGCUGCUGCCACGAAGAAGGCGGCGCCGAAGAAGGCUGCCGCGCCGAAGAAGGCUGCUGCUGCUUCCGCAUAG